AUGACCGCGUUCAUCCGGCAGGAGGCUCUCGAGAAAGCCCGAGAGAUCCAGCUGAAGGCCGAUGAGGAGUUCGCGAUCGAGAAGUCGAAGCUCGUGCGCCAAGAGACUGCCGCCAUCGACACCCUCUACGAGAAGAAGUUCAAGCAGGCCGCCAUGUCCCAGCAGAUUACUCGCUCGACUCUCUCUAACCGAACACGUCUGCGUGUGCUGGGUGGUCGUCAGGAGCUUCUGGACGAGCUCUUCGAGAAGGCCCGUGAGAAGAUCUCGACCGUGGCUGCCAACGACAAGAAGAAGUACCAGACGAUGCUGGAGGGGUUGAUCCUGGAGGGCUUCUACUACUUGAACGAGGAAUCUGUGGAAAUUCGCGCGCGAAAGCAAGAUACCGAUGCCGUGAAGAAGGCCAUCGAAGGAGCCGCGAAGGAGUUCAAGAAGAAUGUCGGCAAGGAAGUGACUGCAACUGUCGACGAGUCCGAGCCAUUGCCUGAAGCUUCCGCUGGCGGUGUGGUGAUUGUUGGAGGCAAGGGCAAGAUUGAGAUUAACAACACAUUCGAAGAGCGUCUGCGCCUUUUGGAGAUUGAUGCUCUACCCGCUGUGCGCGAGACGCUUUUUGGAAAGAAUGCCAACCGCCGCUUCUAUGACUAG